CGUGGUUUGUUUAUAACUUUCUUUUCGUUCCACUUUCUCUCUUAAAACAAACCGUCCAAGAGACAUUCGAUAUCUCCAACACCUAACCCAUCAGAGCCAUAAAUCGAGCCUGGCCUGACCGUUCCUCGUUUCAUUCACGGUCGACUUUUCCUCAACCCACACCCGUCAAGACGCUCACUCAUAGUUCUUUAUCUACCGUUCACUCGUAUUCGGGUCUGACACCUCCAAAUCAUAUGUCGCAUCUCUCCCUGCUGGGUCACACUCGUUAAGACGAGAGUGCCAAACCACGGAAUCCUACUUAGCAUGCCCAAAAUCACGCGACAAUCGCAUAACCACCUCCGAUACACAGCCAAUCCUCUCGCAAUGCCGGCCAGCAUAUCCACCACCACCUCACAAAUGGCAUACUACAACGGGAGGAGUAACAGUAAUAUGGCUGCGGCUGCUUCAUAUUACGAGCCAUUGCCGGCAACCCACACGCAGCCUCCCAUGACGCUGCCUUCUUUCGACCCAUACGCUGUUGCACCGCCGCCACCACCGCCCAUCAGUAUCCCUGGGAACAACUUCAGCCAUGGACUACCAACCCCUUCUCACCCACACAGAGCCUCUUCCGGAGCAUGGAGCGCUGAGGAGGACCAGACUCUCCUUGCCGCUCGCGCACAGGGGUUGAACUGGUCCAGCAUCCAGUCCACUCACUUUCCCUCCAAGACCUCCAACGCGUGCCGCAAACGCCAUGAGCGUCUGAUGGAGCGCAGGGGUGCCGAUGAUUGGGAUGCGCGCAAGUUGGAGCGCCUGGCCCAGGAGUACAUGAAGGUUCGCAAGGAGAUUUGGCAGCCACUGGCACGCAUCACUGGCGAAAAGUGGAAUGUGGUUGAGCAAAAGAUCAUGGCCAACGGCAUCAAAAACCUGCAGUCGGCUGCUCGCCAUGCGGCUCGACGUGAGCGUGCCGACGCCGGCCACUCGAGCGCAGUUUACGAUGACGAUAGCGGAGUUUCAGGAAUGACCCCCCUGGAUGAUCAGGAACUCCAAUAUUCCUCACCGUCGUCUGCAGGUAUCAGUGCUGGUGGCAGCACUGGAGGUAGUGCAUACGGUGCCGUGACGGCGGCCAUGCAUCAUCCCAACACAACUGCAUACGCAAACCAUAAUGGCUACUACGUUAGCCACAACCAACACCAGCACCAACACCAUCAUGGAUACAGCAACUCUGUAUCAAGUACACACACUGCAGGUUAUACCCAGAACCCUGCAGAGGAUAGUCAUAGCCCUAGCCCGUAUUUGGGGCAUGGGCAGAGGUUACCCAGUGUGGAGAUGGGGAUUGGCUCCCUGAUUCAUCGGGGCUCCGGAUCUGGACACCACGGCGUCUAA